AACGUGAGAGUGGCUGCUGAGCCAGAGAGAGCCGCGGCGCGUCGGUGCGCACACGGGCUCCGGGAAGCGCCAGGGGAGAGGAGAAGGACUUACUCCCCCAGCCGAGGAGCAGCAGCCUCCCCCGCCGCCUGCGAUUUCUGCCCAUGACAGCAACAUCUCUGCCCGCUCCUUUUUAAAAUUAUUUUUAUUUUUGCAAAUUUGCGUAAAGUCUUUGUGUUUUGUGUUUGCUGUUUUUCUUCUUCACGCCCCUGCCAAACAAAGAGAAGGGGGGGGGGGGCUCUGGGAGAAGACAUGCGUUCCGUCAGGAAGAGGUGGACUAUCUGCACGAUAAGUAUCCUCCUGAUCUUUUAUAAGACAAAAGAAAUAGCAAGAACUGAGGAGCACCAGGAAACGCAACUCACAGGAGAUGGUGAGUUGAGUUUGAGUAGAUCAAUGCUCAAUAGCUCUGAUAAAAUAAUUCAAAAGAGUGGCUCUUCAAUCUUUCAACAUUCUGUAGAAGGCUGGAAAAUCAAUUCUUCUUUGGUCCUGGAGAUAAGGAAGAAUAUUCUUCGAUUUUUGGAUGCUGAAAGAGAUGUCUCAGUGGUCAAAAGCAGCUUCAAGCCAGGAGACGUAAUUCAUUAUGUGCUAGACAGACGUCGCACCCUGAACAUUUCUCAGGAUUUGCAUAGCCUCCUUCCUGAAGUUUCACCAAUGAAGAACCGUCGGUUUAAAACAUGUGCAGUUGUGGGCAAUUCUGGCAUCCUCCUGGACAGUGAAUGUGGAAAGGAGAUUGACAACCAUGACUUUGUAAUAAGGUGCAAUCUAGCCCCUGUGGUGGAGUUUGCUGCAGAUGUGGGAACUAAAUCUGAUUUUAUUACCAUGAAUCCAUCAGUUGUACAAAGAGCAUUUGGAGGCUUUCGGAAUGAGAGUGACAGAGAAAAAUUUGUGCAUAGACUAUCCAUGCUGAAUGACAGUGUCCUUUGGAUCCCUGCUUUCAUGGUGAAAGGCGGAGAGAAGCAUGUGGAGUGGGUUAAUGCAUUAAUCCUUAAGAAUAAAUUGAAAGUGCGAACCGCCUAUCCAUCACUGAGACUUAUUCAUGCUGUCAGAGGUUACUGGCUGACAAACAAGGUCCACAUCAAACGACCCAGCACCGGUCUCCUCAUGUACACGCUCACAACCAGAUUUUGUGAUGAAAUUCACCUGUAUGGGUUUUGGCCUUUCCCAAAGGAUUUCUAUGGAAAACCAGUCAAAUAUCAUUACUACGAUGAUCUAAAAUAUCGAUACUUUUCUAAUGCCAGCCCUCAUAGGAUGCCAUUAGAGUUUAAAACUUUACAUAUGUUACAUAACCAAGGAGCACUGAAAUUAACAACAGGGAAAUGUGUACAGCAAUAAAGCACAUGUAAAGUACAAUAUAAAGUACAGAAUAGUCACUUCAUCAUAAAGAUGUUGUGAAAAGGCAAUGGGAUCCAACAGAGGAUAUAUUUCAAUACCCACUAAGCCAUUGGGAAAAGGAAGCUUACCUGAAGUCCAUGACCAGCUGAUAUUAUACCUGUAAAGUGCUAUAAAACUAAGAUAUCUUGACUGCAAGGGUUCAAGUAAGUGCCACUUUCACUAAGAACAAAGCUUGAAUGUAUAAUCAGUAGUGUUUACAAGAUCCAAUGAUGCAUUCAUCGUCAAUUAAAGAAGAAGCAAAUAGUCCAUUUAAUGCUGACUUGCCACCACAAAAUUGAGCAGCUUAUAGAAGAAAUACCCAACAGAUGGAAUCUGUCCUUGGGGAAAUAAAACAGCCUUCGUCAUCAGAAAUCAUGGUGGAAUUAGUGGAGAAAGUGAUGUCCAUAAGAUUAAAUAGAGCAAGUAAAUGCCUUCAGUCAGGGGACUGUUUGACCUUGUAUUAUAACCUCAUUGUUUUGUUGGUGUUUUUUCUGAUUGCUGUUUUAUUCAUUUGGGUAUUGGAAUCCUUAAAGGAUUUUAUGAGGACAAUAGGAACAAUUAAAAAUAAAAUCUUCAAAAAGUUGUAUUUGAAGAAAUAAGUUCUUAUUGGGGGGAAAUCAAAUACUUAAAAAGUAUUUAUGUUGUAUCCUGCUGUUGCACAACUCUAAACCUCCAGAUUGCUUUUUUUAACUACGGUUGUCAGUACCAGCUAAACAGAACCACUAUGAGAUUGGUAAUUUUGAGCCAUUCUUAAGGAAAAGUUUCUGUUACUUGCCAACUGGAGAGGACGUACUUAAUAAGAAGGUGCCCUUACAUUUGGUACCAAAGAUUACACUGAUUUUUUUGUAUACAAAUACCUUUGUUUUUCUUUUCAUGCAGAAAACGUACAUUUAGUACUGUGUUGCUGUGCUGCUGAAGGAAAAAUGUUUCUGGGUAUUGUUGUUUACUGCAAUAUAUGUUGCCUACUUUGUUUGAAUGAAGAGCCUCAAACAAAUUCCCUAAGCUGACUUUGUCUCAAGUGAUUUGUUCUUUAGAAAUAUCCAAAUUGUUUUUAUUCCAUGCACUUAAACAUGAGUGUGAUUUUUAUUUCCAUCGGAGCAAAAUUCAGUUUUUAAUUACUGUAAUAAAAACAUUAUGACAUAGUCAA